GUAACAGCACGCCGCCAGGACGAUUAGUUCAACGGAUCCGUAUUGAAGAGGGUUCUCUGGACUUCAAGAUAAUUUUCUGCUUCAGUUGUGCGGGUUAUCUCUUUUGUUUACGUUAAUUUACGAUUUUAGGCCGUCUGACUUUGCUCCACCUUGAGUGUUUUAGUAAUCUCGAAAGGAAGCUGAAUCUUUUUGUUCUCAAUUCGAAACUCUUGUGCGAGUCCGAGACCUGUAAAUAAUAAAUUUGCUAAGUGGAAAAUUCCUGGAUCUUGCGUGGCACCGUUUUUAGAUUUCUUUUACUUCCCUUCGCGCAAAAAUGCACAGCCAACGUAGUGACAAGUAUAAAAAUGCUGGGAGGGAUCACAAUGCCGCCCGAGAGCGCCGGGAAAUGGAAACCAAUGAAUUACGUCGAAAUAAGCGUGAAGAGCAGAUUGCCAAAAAACUCAAUAUUGGAAACAUUCAGUCAUCCACUGAUGAGGAAGGGGACAUGCACGAGGCAGACACUGCGGCGCAGAUUGUGCAAAUCAGUCAUGAGAUGGUAAAUGAUCUCGCCAGUCAGGACCCGCGAAGAAUGCUGAAUGCCACACAAAACUUUCGAAAGUUGCUUUCUCGGGAACCUAAUCCACCCAUCGAUGAAGUGAUCAGCACCGGAAUUCUGCCGCGAUUUGUUCAGUUUCUGCAGAUGACUGAUCAGCCCCAGCUUCAGUUCGAGGCGGCGUGGGCUUUAACCAAUAUUGCAUCAGGAACCUCACAGCAGACUCGCAAAGUCAUUGAAGUUGGUGCUGUGCCGAUCUUCAUUCGAUUGCUAGAUUCUCCAUCUGAGGAUGUUCAAGAGCAGGCUGUCUGGGCUUUGGGAAACAUUGCUGGGGAUAGCACAGAAUGCCGCGAUCUUGUGCUGAACGAAGGAAUUCUUGUUCCGCUGAUAAAUAUCUUCACCCGUUCCAAGCGGCUAUCGAUGGUCCGCAAUGCUGUGUGGGCUCUGUCAAAUUUGUGCCGUGGCAAAAACCCCCAACCAGAUUUUGCCAAGGUGAAGCAAGCUUUGCCAAUUUUAGCCAGACUUCUGUUCCAUUCAGAUGCGGAUGUGUUGACCGAUGCAUGCUGGGCGAUUUCUUACCUGUGUGAUGGUCCAAAUGACAAGAUUCAGGCUGUUAUUGAUGCCGGAGUUUCUCUGCGAUUGGUCGAACUUUUGGGUCAUGAUGUACAAAACGUGGUUUCCGCUGCCUUGCGCGCCGUUGGGAAUAUUGUUACAGGAGAUGACCCUCAGACUCAGACGGUUUUGAAUAGUGGCGUAUUGCAGCCGUUAAAGACACUACUGGUUCGCCAAGAUGUGAAAGAAGCCAUUCGUAAGGAAGCUUGCUGGACGCUGUCAAACAUUACCGCCGGGAACCGCAGCCAGAUUCAGCUUGUGAUAGACGCAGGACUUGUUCCAAUUCUCAUUGAGAUUCUGGGUAAUGCUGAAUUCAAGACGCGAAAAGAAGCGGCUUGGGCCAUAACGAAUGCACUCUCUGGUGGUACCCAGGAACAGAUUCAGACGUUCGUGCAAACGGGAUGUAUUCCUCCUAUGUGUGAUCUUUUGGGCAGCACAGAUGCUCGGAUCUUGCAGGUGGCUCUUACUGGUCUCGAAAGCAUUCUCCGUGUUGGACAAAAUCGCUUGGAUGAUCAGGGCCUUAAUCCUAACGCGCUGAUCGUAGAGCAUUGUUAUGGGCUGGAAAAGCUGGAAGCCCUUCAAGUGCACGAAAAUCCGGAAAUCUACCAAAAGGCAUUGGAAAUUAUUGAGGUUUACUUUGGAGCAGAGGAUGAAGAGAACGAAUUAGGCGGCGGCGAGCAACCUGUUUAUGAUUUCACUGGGGGUCAGCAGCCGUCGCAAGGUGGCUUUUCUUUCUAAAUGUUUUUUUUAAGAAGGAUUUUCAAAGGGAAUAACUGUACCGUGAAAUGAAUGUUUCUUACAAACGCUCGUAUGGAAAGUUUUACAAUUAUUAAUUUUUUGUCAUUGUCAUGAUGGAAGAAUAGCCACGGUGCGUUAGUUGGAGUUUGGCAAAACUGACCAUGUUUCUAAUUUUGGUAUGUUUGGUUUGAUAGUCAUUCUGAUGAGUUUUAGACAUGAAUUACUUGACAAGAGCCGGAAAAAAACUGGUGUUAAUGAAAGAUUGAAAUGG